AUGGCUCAUUCUAAGCUUAUAGCAGCUGCAUUCUUGAUUUUACUGUUUGUUGAUCUUGCCUUUUGUGCAAGAUUAUUAGGAAAGACGGUACAUGCUGGUGGUGGAGGAGGAGGAGGAGGAAGAGGAGAAGGCUCAGGCUAUGGUGGGGUUGAUGGGAUGUAUGGACGUGGUGGAGGUGGUGGUGGAGGAGGAGGUAGUGGAGGUGGUGGUGGUGGAGGAAAUUCGGGUAGGGGUAGUGGUUAUGGUUCUGGAUACGGGUCGGGAUAUGGAUCGGGGUACGGGUCGGGUGAAGGGCUAGGGAAGGGUGGAGGUGGCGGAGGUGGUGGUGGUCGAGGUGGAGGAGGUGGUGGUGGCGGCGGCAAUGGAAAUAAUGGCUCAGGUUAUGGUUCGGGUUAUGGAAGUGGAAGUGGCUCAGGAUUUGGAAGUGGCGGUGGAAGAGGAGGAGGCGGUGGAGGCGGCGGGGGUGGUGGUGGAGGAGGUGGUGGAGGUGGCGGUGGCAAUGGCAGUGGUUCGGGUUAUGGUAGUGGCUCAGGGUAUGGUUCAGGAUAUGGUGGAGGGAAUGGAGGUGAUGAACCUUGA